AAAUGGGCAUCUUUCCGCUCUGUUCCACAGACUCCUCCCUGCCCCAAUUGUUCUGCCUUUCCUGGAAAGCUGUCCCCGGAUGGUUCAGGGAGCCCCAUGGUCUGCAAUGGCAGUCUGGUCAAUGGCAGCUUUGACCCCGAGGACCUGAACCUGACUGACGAGGCCCUGAGGUUGAAGUACUUGGGCCCUCAGCAGUUAGGGCUGUUUGUGCCCGUCUGUGCCAUGUACCUGCUGAUCUUUGUGGUGGGCACUGUGGGCAACGGGCUGACCUGCACCGUCAUCCUGCACCACAAGGCCAUGAAAACGCCCACCAACUUCUACCUCCUCAGCCUUGCUGUGUCUGAUUUGCUGGUGCUCCUGGUGGGCCUGCCCCUGGAGCUGUACGAGAUGCGGCACAAUUACCCGUUCCAGCUGGGGGCCAGUGGCUGCUACUUCCGGAUACUGCUCUUCGAGACCGUCUGUCUAGCUUCCGUGCUCAAUGUCACAGCCCUGAGUGUGGAGCGCUACGUGGCCGUGGUGCACCCACUCCAAGCCAAGUCUGUGAUGACGCGGGCCCACGUGCGCCGCAUGCUGGGGGCCAUCUGGGUCCUCGCUGUGCUUUUCUCUCUGCCGAACACCAGCCUGCACGGCCUCAAGCCGCUGUACGUGCCCUGUCGGGGGCUGGUGCCCGACUCAGCUGUGUGCACUUUGGUGCGUCCCCGAGUCUUCUACAACUUGGUGAUACAGACCACCACACUGCUCUUCUUCUGCCUGCCCAUGGUUGUCAUCAGUGUGCUGUACCUGCUCAUUGGGCUGCGCCUGCACCGGGAAAGGAUGCUGCUCCACGCGGAGGUCAAAGGCAGGAAAAGCGCAACGGCCCGGAAGACCUGUAGCAGGAGGCCUCAACUUCGAGAUAGGGGACGGAGACAGGUGACCAAGAUGCUAUUUGCGCUGGUCGUGGUGUUUGCCGUCUGCUGGGCUCCGUUCCACGCAGACCGCCUCAUGUGGAGCUUGGUGUCCCGCUGGACCGAGGGCCUGCUCCUGGCCUUCCAGUGUGUGCACGUUGUAUCUGGUGUCUUCUUCUACCUCGGCUCGGCAGCCAACCCAGUGCUCUACAGCCUCAUGUCCAGUCGCUUCCGGGAGACCUUCCGCCAAGCCCUAGGCCUGGGAACCCAGUGCCGCGCCACCAAGGACGGUCAUGGCUCCCAUAACCUCAGCAGACUGACCACAGGCAGCACCCUGUAUGACUUGGGUUCCCGGAACAGCAGGGCUGGACCCCUGACCGAGAGGGAUCCAGGAUUUCAGCAAGAAACAGAUCUCUCCUGAGUGAAAAAUCCCAAAGGAGGCUAACCCCCUAGGCCAGAGGGCCCCAGACAGUCUGGGGGCUAUUGGGGUGAGUUUGGAAAGUCAGACCAGCACCCCAGUGACUCCCACCCUGCCCACAUAUUUGAGUGCUGAGGGAAACAGCAAGAAAAAGAGGAUUGAACCCCGAUUGUCAAAGACUCCCGUUGAGGUCCAGGCAAGCUGACUCAGCAGUUAAUGCUUGCUGCUUCCAGAGGACUGAGUUCAGGUCCCAGCACCCACAUGGCAGCUCACAACCACCUGUAACUGCAGCUCUAGGUCAUCUGACACUCUCUUUUGGCUUCUGAAGGCCCCACAUGUACAUAGCACACACUAAAAAA